AUGUCGAAACCGAACCAGCUCUUCCUUCUCGCCGAUCACAUUAAGCUCUCCUUGCUGGAGCGCCAGCGCGCCAAGUCUCUCAACCUUGACGACGAUUCCCAGGAAGGCCACAUCUCGCGCUCCCUCGACCAGUUUCGUGAUGGGCUAGAGGCGCUGCAGGAGGAGCAGAGGCGACAGACAGAAUCCGGUGAUGCCAGCGGCGCCCAUUCCAUCGCCGAUGCCCUGCCCGCCCUGCAGAAGCAGUACUCCGACCUGACGUCCCAGUUCCACGGCUUCCCGACGCCAGAAACCACGUCGACGCUCACGCAGCCCAACGACCCCUCCCUCUCGCCCGACUUUGCCCACGCCCAGUCGGCGACGGCGGGGCCGCCGCGCAAGACAACGCUCCGCUCGCCCUCGAGCUCCUCGACGAUCCCCAAGACGGUCCGCUUCACCGACUCGGCGCCAUCCCCCUCGGCCGCCGACCCGGCGCUGACGGCCGAGCUCUUCGGCCCCUACCGCGACGAGCCGUCCGAGACGGAGCACCGCGACGCCACCGCCGGCGCCGGCCUCGACAACCAGCAGAUCCACGCCUACCACGCGCGCGUGCUGCGCGAGCAGGACGACCACCUCGACCGCCUCGGCGAGAGCAUCGGCCGCCAGCGCGAGCUCAGCAUGCAGAUCGGCGACGAGCUCGACUCGCACGUCGCCAUGCUCGACGACGUCGACGCCGCCACCGACCGCCAUCAGGGCCGCCUCGACCGCGCCCGCCGCAACCUCAACAAGGUCGCGCGCUCGGCCGGCGAGAGCAAGCAGAUGAUGACCAUUAUCGCCCUCAUCAUCAUCCUCGUCCUGCUCAUUGCCGUGCUGAAAUGA